AUGAUGGCAAAGAAUCUACUCACAGUAUUCCUGGUUCUUUUUGAUGUUUUCGGACAACUUUCAUCAGAGUUGAAUAAGUUAAGUUAUUCGGAAAACGAAGAGCGAGUGAAUAAAUGCGGAACAGAAAUUAUAUUCGAAGGUAAACCCCUAAAUAAUCCAUGGAUGAGUGAAAUCGAUAAAAAUCCGGGUGUGAGGGACCUCUCUUUGGGACUCUUAAUAUCACCACGUCAUGCUAUUUUUUCGUCGUUUUUAGUUUUUGACAAAGUUUGGCCUUUCAGAGAAUACAAUCGAUUUGAGGCGGAAGAAUGUAAAAACAGAACUCCUACAGCAGUGACAGGAAGCAAAGCACGUGCCCUUGAAAUGGGGGAAUUUGGAUCCCCAAUUAAAAACAUACAUUUUUUUGGCGACUGCUCUAUCGAAUCGGGAUUCCUCAUAUAUGAAAUUGAGAAGGUUUCUGAACCACCACCGAUAUGCCUUGAAGGCAUUGACGAUGAUCCAUUAGAUGUUCUUCUUAAUCCCGAGAAUAGUACUAUUGAAGCGGAUGUGUUUUUGGAUAGUUUAUAUGUUUUGGGAAUCAGCGCAGAGCGAAUACCUGGUUAUGUUUUUGAGUGCAAUUAUUACGAUUUUACUGAUGUAUGCUGGUCUCCAAUGGACAGAAACGGAACAGAUGUUAUACUAAAGUAUCAAAAAGAUGCAACGUUCCCAUUUCAAUCCAGUUUGCCAUUGAUUAAAACUGGGAAAAGACCGAGUUUAAUUGGAUUUAUAAGAGGAAUUGCCAAGGACGAUCACUAUGUUUCCGUCUACACUUUUCGAAUGCAUGAGAUGGAUUUAUGCUCUAUUAUUGGUACAUGUAAAAGCGUUCCGACUACACCAACAACUACAACAACCACAACUAGGAUUAUCACCACAACCCCAGUUCCUCCGUCCACAUCUCCGCCUCCAACGACCACUUCGUAUGAGGUGGCGAUGCAAGAGGAUGAGGAUUUCGAAAUUCCGUAUGAUCGAAAAAAUAUAAAGAAAGGAAUUCCAGAUGAAGCUGUAGAAGAAGCACAUCUGUUGCAAGUUCUUUGGCAGUUGACGUUCACAAAGUCUUGGGUUCGAGAAUCAGUGCAGAUAGAAAGAUCAUUAGCACAGUCCAGAAUAGCAUCCACACAUCCUCCCUGGUUACAGAAUCCACACGAAGAUGGACAAUCGACAGCGAUGAUGGUUCUCCAGAAAUUCAAACUAAGUCUUACCGCUGUUCCAUUGUACGUAGUGCAAUUGAGUUCUCCAGAAAUUGCAGCAUUGGCUUGUGGAGCCAGGAGGGCUAGAAGGACCGAGAUGAGAGCAAUCAUUUCUUGA